CUGGUAUAUGAUUGGUUAAUGUAAUAGCCUGCACCAGACCAACGACGCCCUCAGCGAAGCUGUAUCAGACCACAGAAGCGAUCCUACUGAACACGCGGGGCAAGUACGAAUGAAAGAAGUAAACAACUCUGUUAGUAUAGUUUAGACAUGGCUUGCAGAAAAUUAGGCAGUUUAAGUAACGCAAUGUGGCAAAGAAGCUCCAGCUGCACCGUUUCGCUGUGCGCAGGAUUGAAUAUUCCUGCUUUUGCUUGUGGAAGCUUCGCCUCGGCUGGUUCAACAAUGAACGGACAGAAAUGCUGCAAAGAUGGACACAAUUGUGGACCGACGAAAAUUUUACCAGCUAAUCAUAACCCUGUUGCAGCCGCAGUCACAUCGCACAGACAUCAGAUCGUGGGCAAAAAUAGAGGCGAAGAAUCUCUUACCAAAUCUGGCAGGGCUUUCUCAUCCACGGCCCCGCAGAUCAACAAUAAAACGUACUUGUGGGCGAGAUACAAUGAGAUGAAACGGCUUGUGCACGAUUUGAUUCCUCCUGGGGUGUGCAAUCUUUUGAACCCUUCCACCAUCUAUGCCAACAAUGAGGUGAAUCUGGAAGAGGUGGACAUCUACGGGUUUGACUAUGAUUACACGCUCGCGCUGUACUCCAGCGCGCUGGACGAGAUGAUAUACAACAAGGCGCGAGAGUUUCUCGUCCAGCACUACAAGUAUCCCGAGGAAAUCAGUAAGUACGACUACAUUCCCAACUUUGCAGCUCGGGGACUUCACUACGACAUUCAAAAGGGACUACUGAUGAAAAUCGACGCCUUCCAUUAUAUUCAGUUGGGCACUGUUUAUAGGGGUUUGAAGCCUGUCCCUGAUGAUGAGGUCAUGAAACUUUAUGGAGGUUCAAAUCAUGUUCCCCUCCACCAAGUCAGUGGAUUUUACGGCAAGGGUCCCAAAAUGAAGCAGUUUAUGGAUGUGUUCUCCAUCCCCGAAAUGACUCUCUUGGCAGCUGCAAACGAUUACUUCAUCUCAAAUGACAUAGAGUACGACCCAGAGCAUCUCUACAAAGAUGUCUCAGAUGCAAUUGGAAUGGUGCACAUCAAGGGUUACAUGUAUAAAUGGAUCAUGCAAGAUCUUGAGAAAUACAUUCUCAGAGGAGACGAGACAUAUGCUGUGUUGCACCGGCUGGCUAGUCAAGGGAAGAAGCUUUUCCUAAUUACCAACAGCCCCUUCAGCUUUGUUGAUAAAGGCAUGAAGUACAUGGUUGGAAAGGAGUGGAGGGACUUCUUUGACGUUGUUAUUGUUCAAGCUGACAAACCUCAUUUUUUUAAUGACUGCAUAAAACCAUUUAGGCGUUUGGACAGCAAUGGAGACUUACAGUGGGAUAGAAUCAAGACUCUGGAAAAGGGACAGAUCUAUAAACAGGGAAACCUUGUAGAUUUUCUGAAGCUUACAGGAUGGCGUGGAUCCAAAGUGUUCUAUUUUGGAGAUCAUCUCUACAGUGACUUGGCAGACCUGAUGCUGCGUCAUGGGUGGAGGACAGGAGCGAUCGUGCCUGAACUUGAGAUGGAGACGAAGGUGGUGAACACAGAGCAGUACGCUCAAGGCCUCACGUGGUUGCAGGCGCUCACCGGACUGCUGGAGCGCAUGCAGAUGUAUCGGGAUCCAGAGUCCAAGAAGGUUCUGCAGGAGUGGCUGAAAGAGAGAGAGGAGCUACGGGCAGUCACCAAGAACCUCUUCAACCCUCACUUUGGCAGCAUAUUCCGUACCUGCCACAACCCCACCUACUUUUCCCGCCGCCUGUGCCGUUUCUCAGACCUCUACAUGGCCUCUAUCAGCUGCCUGCUGAACUACGACCUCUCAUACACCUUUUACCCUCGCCGAACCCCCCUGCAGCACGAAGCCCCUCUCUGGAUGGACCAGCUCUGCACUGGUUGCAUGAAGACGCCCUUCUUAGAGGAGAUGGCCCAUAUUCGUUAAAACUGCCAAAGUUUUAAUGUGCAAAUAUGAACUGAAAAGUAAAAUGAGGGGGGUGUGUGUCUCUAUGGCAUUGGAGACGUGGCACUUUUUGCGCAAACCCACAUAUAAAGGGGCCACCUGCUGGAUGUUAUAUUACAAUGCAUCUCAAUGUUCUCAAGCCUUGGACAUUGAAAGAAAGGCUUGCUGAUGGACUUGUGGAUAUUAUGUUCUUAUCUCUAACUUUUGUUUUUUUUACAUUUGAUGCUCUUGCAUUAUGUCUUACUAAACAUAGUUAGAUGUUCAGUGGUUUACAGUUCUCUCUCUCUUUUUUUUUUUUUUUGGUUGUCAACCUGUAUGUCAUGAGUUUUGUAGUUGCAACAGGGUGAUGUUUGUAUUAACAUUAAUCGUGAUAGCAGGAAGAAUGAAAUAUACUAUACUUGGUGUAGCCAGACAUUGUUUUUUACUCUGGUAGGCCAAAGUAUUGAGCCGCUGUCCAAAAAUGCACAAUUAUGAGUUACAAAUACAGUAUGUCUGAUUACAUGUACGAUUAGGUCAAAUAGCUUCAUAGAUUUGGAGUUGUAAUGUUACUUACCUUCCCCACACUACAGUAACAAUGUAGCCUAGCCUCAAAAUUUAAACAUGCACAAAUAAGUGUCAACAGCUUUUUAUUACUGGAGAAAUGAUUUUUUUUAUGACCGGUGUAUUUACCUACAUGGAAGCUCCUGGAGGGCCAAACCAAAUGCUGUUGUUAUUUUUGACCUUGCAGGCCCUCACUGUUUGUGGCUUUAGACUAAGCUUCUGUACAACCAGAGCAUUGUUUGCUUACAGUUAAAUCUGUGAAUAGCUAUGCUGCUAUAUUCAGUUUCCCAGGAACAAGAAAAAUGUCAUCUUUUGUAUGUAACGUUAACAUUACUUGCUCUACAAUAAAAGGCUUUGCAUUA